CGGCGUUGCCUUUGCGGCUCCACGUCGGCACCAGCUGCGAGGCAAGAUGGAGGCGCUGAUUUUGGAACCCUCCCUGUAUACUGUCAAAGCCAUCCUGAUUCUGGACAAUGAUGGAGAUCGACUUUUUGCCAAGUACUAUGACGACACCUACCCCAGUGUCAAGGAGCAAAAGGCCUUUGAAAAGAACAUUUUCAACAAGACCCAUCGGACUGACAGUGAAAUUGCCCUCUUGGAAGGCCUGACAGUGGUUUACAAAAGCAGCAUUGAUCUCUAUUUCUAUGUGAUUGGCAGCUCCUAUGAAAAUGAGCUGAUGCUUAUGGCUGUUCUGAACUGCCUCUUCGACUCACUGAGCCAGAUGCUGAGGAAAAAUGUUGAAAAGCGAGCUCUGCUGGAGAACAUGGAGGGGCUCUUCUUGGCUGUGGAUGAAAUUGUAGAUGGAGGGGUGAUCCUAGAGAGUGAUCCCCAGCAAGUAGUACACCGGGUGGCAUUGAGGGGUGAAGAUGUCCCCCUUACAGAGCAGACCGUGUCUCAGGUGCUGCAGUCAGCUAAAGAACAGAUCAAGUGGUCACUCCUUCGGUGAAGAACCCACUGUUCCUGGCUCUUCACACCCAUCAAAAAAAAAUCCACGUCUGCUGUGAAUUCUUACCCAGUUCCCCAGCUGAUGCUCUCAGGGUCAUUUUGGGGAUCACAAGGGAUUCCUAAAUUUCCAUCCUGUCCAUGGUUGCCCCUCCCACCCCCUCUCCCCACACACUUUCUGUUCCUUCUCAUUCUUGUUGCAAUUCUUGGAGUAAAGCUCUGGGCAGAUUUGGAUGCAGGACAGGGGUAGCACCCCCUUCCUUUCUAGACUGGAUUAUGCUCCCAUGCUCUUCUACCCUCAUAAUUUCUCGACUUCUGUGCCCUUUGCUGUAGCUAUACUUCAGAUGAAAGCAGGAGAAGGAAUGUGCUGAGUGUUUUCCUCCCUUUGCCUUUACAGGGCCUUCAUCCCAACAGCCCAUAGGUCCAGUAGGGGAAGGGAAAGAAAAUUCUUUUCUAUAGAAUGAGUGGGGGAGGGGUUGGAUAGGGAUGUAUCCAGUCUCAGCUACACCCUCACUUACUGGCCUCAACGUUUUCUUACUGCCCUAUCCUCUACCUUGGAAAAGAGAUUGGAAACAGCUUAUAGGGAGGGGACAGAUUAGAAGAAACAGUGAUUUACAUUUUAUUGGAGAGGGUUUAUAAAAUUCAUUCUACCCUGAUCCUGGCAUGUAGCUUCAAAACUGCUGUGGUGAGUGUCUGUUUCUUGGUCUGCUACCUUAAUUCUCUACUUUUACGACCCGUGAGAUCUUUGCCUGGUUUGUCCUCUCUGUGACUUGGAGCAAAGCCAGUCCCUGGAACUAAAACUCCAUUCUAGUCUUGGGAAGAAGAGUUUCUGCUCAGAAUUGGGGAAGGAGUGAAACUUAUGACUUGGGCCUCUAGGCUCUGUCAGUGCCCUCAGCUCCCCACAUGCAUUUCACUCCUCUGCCUCUGUUCUGCAAUCUCUGCUGCUUAACCCUAUCUUCUCUCUCCCUCAGCCUUACAUCCAAGGAGUAGGUCUGGGUUCUUCCCCUCCCUAGGUCACUGAGAGAGGUGCCCUUAAUAUAACUUUUGGGAUCUGGAUUUCCCAAGAAGAUGGAGGAUGGAACACCCUCUCUUGGGUCCAGUCUUUUCCCUUGACUCAAAACUUCCUCCCCAUAAAAAUGUCUUAAAAACCUUCCUGAGACUUAAGGUUUCUGCUCCACCCAGUAACUGCCAAAUCUUCAACACUGAAGUGGAGCAGAUAGCUGGGCAUAUUUGAGAGGGUGUCUUUGUGUAAGAGAUGUAUGGAGUCAGGAGAUAGCCACCUUCAUAUACUGCUCUGUGCAAAAAGGAAUAAAACAUUUCUUUUUUCCAAA